AUGUUGAACCACCUGCUGCGAGACAGGAUAGUGUGCGGAAGUCGCACCAGUGACGUGCAGAAGGCACUGCUUUGUCACCCGAAACUGACGUUGCAGGCAGCAGAAAACAUCGUGCUUGCAGCGGAGGCUGCACGACAAGAGCAGUACCCACUCCCGGUAAUCAAUGACCUUUUUGCUGCACUGCCCGAAGGUGAUGUUUACAGCACAUUGGACCUUCGAGACGCCUACAACCAGGUUCCCCUGGAUGAGCAGUCAAAGAAGCUGACGGUCAUUAACACACAUCGGGAAGUCCAGGCGUACUUGGACGACAUUCUGGUUGCCGAGAAGGGGAAUGACGGCGGAACGAACCUCAAAGCAGUUCUCCAGCGCUUUCGAGAGUACGGCGUCAAGCUAAGGAAGGACAAGUGCAACUUCAGGAUGCCUGAGGUUUCGUACCUUGGCCACAAGAUCUGUACGGGAGGGCUGCCACCUCUGGAGAAGAACAUGGACGCUAUCAUGAAGGCGCCAACAUCCAAGAACCUGGGAGCAUACCAGUGCAAGAUAGAGUACAAACAUGGCUCGGGCAACCUGAAUGCAGACGCACUCAGUCGGCUUCCUCUAGAAACCACCGAGGACACAUGA